AUGUCAGUUAAAAAAGAACACAUUUUGAUGUUAUCUCGUGAAGUCUGCACCAGUUUUUUAAUGUCAUGUUUGUUAAUUGUUGAAAUGAUUUUUCAUCAUUUGAAUUUAUUCAAUAUUGCAAAACUAAAUGUUAUGGCUCAAAUAAACUUCACCCAGUGUGGAGUGGUUAGAGAUUGUCAAUGA